GUACCUGUCACAAAAAAAGAUCUCUUCGGUUUUGAGUACAGUGCUUCGAAGUCUUAAUUUUAUUAUUUAGAGCAUACAUUAAGACAGAAUGGCCACAAAAUUAUUGUCGCUGAUCUUAAUAGUGGCAGCAGCUGCCAUGGCUGAAGACGAGCCGACAGUUGCAAGACUACUCGUUUCGAAACAAGUGUUAAACAAAUACUUGGUGGAGAACAUGGAUAUUUUAGUAAAAUAUACUUUGUAUAACGUGGGUACCGCGCCCGCUGUGGAUGUGAAACUAGUAGACAAUGGUUUCCAUCCAGAAGUAUUUACAGUUGUGGGUGGACAACUAACAGCAGAGAUAGACAGAAUCCCACCUCAGACAAAUGUCUCGCAUGUUGUGACUGUCAGAUCCAAUAGAUAUGGGUACUUCAAUUUUACUGCUGCAGAAAUUACUUACAAACCCAGUGAAGAUGCCACUGAGAUCCAAUAUGCAAUCAGUAGUGCACCUGGAGAAGGAGCAAUUGUAGCAUUCAAAGAUUAUGACCGCAAAUUCUCAUCUCACAUCCUCGACUGGGCUGCCUUCGCUGUGAUGACACUACCGUCUCUUGCGAUUCCUUUCGGUCUAUGGUUCUCAUCUAAGAACAAAUAUGAAAAACUAGCUAAACAUAAGAAAACUCACUAGUUUGUAGUUAAUAUGCACAGCUACAGCUAAUGUAAUAUGUGACUCUAGGUUUAUUAAUAGUAUGAAGAAUGUAAAUAUGAAGAUCGAUGGAAAUAUUUAGUUUUAUUUAAGUUUUUUUUUAAUCUAAACAUAUUCUAAAGCAUUUUUAAAAUGAACCUUGUUGAUUUUGAUAGAGGAUCCAAAUCACAUUAGCUGUGUUGUAGCAUAUCAUUUCUCCAUUAGUUGUAAUUUAUCAACAUCAUUGUUAAUAAUUUAUAUGAACAAUAAAAAGACAAUUUUU